UCAUCGCUAAUUUCGCGGCUAAGAAGAGUUUGGAAAUUUAAUUUUAGCUCCUGGUUUUGUCCUUUUAAGGACUUUUUAAACUGCAUUCAGUAUCAGAUGUGGACAAGUUCGAAUGUUAAAUACGUGAGAUCAAAUAAAACCUACGAGGUCGAGCUGAAGGAGAUAGAAUACACGACAUCAAACCGAAGAAAGCCUCGAGGAAACCAUGAGCAUGUCACUGAAGCGGAAUCAGCUGCGCUACUCCAAGCCACCGCCUCAGAAUCGCCAAGAACUCCUGCAGAGUAUCGAACGAGACCGCGGAGUUCUCGGAGCCUAUCUCCAAAAACUAAACAGCCAACAAGAGGACAUCACUACGUCUCCCGCUUCUGCGCCACUUGCUCCGUCCACUCCCUCAGCUCCUGUGCAACAGCGCUGCAGCUACGACCUGUUCUUCGAGAGCGCCUGCAUCACCGUCAAGAAUUUGCCGCCAAAGCUGGCGGCGGAGGCCAAGAGCAGAAUCUCCCAGAUCAUCAGCGAAUUCGAGAUCCGGGCAAUUGAAAUGGAAGCCCUGCCACAUCAGGGCCAGGCAAUGGGCAAGUCCAGAUCGACAGGCGACACCCUUGUGGACGAUAAGUCGGAGAUAGUCUACGAAUUCCAUCCCUGCCCCUAAAGUAGGUUGUGAGUUUGCUGUUCAAGCGAACCACUAACUGGCACACUUACAAAACAUUUUGGGAGGCUGUAAUAUCAAAAUUUACAAUAAAGUUGUAAGAGUCAUCGUUUGGUCGCGUUUCGGCCCUAAA